AUGCACGCUGACAGCAGCAGCGGCAGCACCACUGACCGGCACGACCGACGAAGCCGCUGGAGCAGCCGCGACGCGGAGGAUCGCUCCGCGCGCGACGCGUCUCGCAUGCACGUGCGGCUCAUCGUGCUCACGUUCGACCGAGCGGCGAGCCUGUCCCGCUGCUUGCAAUCAUUGCGGGCGGCGGACUACGGCGGCGAUGACGUGUCACUGGACAUCCACGUGGACCACCCGUUCGCGGGCGUGCAGCUGAGCGACCCGCUACAGCUCAGAGGCCGCUUGGACCGCCGUGCGUGGGGCGCAGGCGAGCAGGCGGACGACCCGGUGCAGGCUGAAUCCGCGGCGGAGGGGGGUCUGGGGGGAGGCGGAGCGCGGAACCGAGGGCUCGAGGCGAGUCCGCAGCUGCCUGGCGGCGCAAAGCGCGGAUUCGCGGGUGCCGGCGCGGUGGGGCUGGGGCGCAGCGCGUUUGGCGUGGAGGAGGCGGGGGACCUGUCCAACUGGCGCCACAGGGGGCGGCUGUGGGCGCAGAGGGCGCAGAGGGCGCAGAGGGCGAAGGGGGAGGCGCAGGGGCGGCGGCGGCUGGGGGAGGUGCGGCCAGUAGUUGGAGCGGUGCAGAGGCGUGGCGCGGGGGAGGUGGCAUCGAAGCGGCGCAAGUUCCGAUCGGUGCUGGCAGUGGCAGACUCGUUCGCAUGGCAGCACGGCCACAAGCAGGUGCACGUGCGCAGCAUGAAUGGCGGGGUGCAGGUGCAGUGGAUGGAGGCGUGGUGGCCCAGCGGUGCCAACGAGUUUGCGUUUGUGUUGGAGGACGACGUCGCCGUCUCACCGCUCUUCUACGCCUACCUCACGCGCAUGCUGCACCGCUACUACUACAACCAUAGCGAGUACGACUCUAACGUGUACAGCAUCUCCCUGCAGCGCCAGCGCCUCGUGCCGGGCCAGCCGGCGCCGCCCAUAGCACACACGGGGCGGCCGUUCCUGUACGCGUUGGUGGGCACGUGGGGGCAGCUGCUGCUGCCGGCACCGUGGCGGGCGUUCCGUGUGUGGUACGACGCACGGCGCUACACGCCGGGGCGAGAGCCGGUCAUUCGAGGGCUCAAGACCACGGGCUUCUGGAAGGGGCGGGGCAACGGCAUCUGGACGCCGUGGAUCGUGCGGUGGGCGCACGCCACGGCUGCUCUCAACCUGUACGCGUCGCUGCCGGCAGGGCUGGCGCUGAGUGUGAGCCACCGCGAGCAGGGCGAGAGCUUCAAGCGGUCUAAAGGCGCCGAUGCCACUCUGCUCAUGCCGGAGCACCUCACUGCCACUGCAAAUAUAGGUGCAGUGGAGCCGGUGAAUGCAGCAGAACACCUGAAUGCAACAGAGCACAUGAUGGAGCACCUGAGCGCAGCAGAGCAGGCGGGUGCAGCGGAGCAGGUGGGUGCAGCAGAGCAGGUGGGAGCAGCGGAGCAGGGCCCGUGGUGGUGGACACAGCUGCCCCCAUUAGCAUCACUGCCUCGCUUUGACUUCUGCCUGCGCCCGCUGCCCUGGGUGGGGCGAGGGGGUACUGCGUGGGCGUGGCAGGGGGGGAGCAGUGGGGAGCAGGGGGAGCAGCAGGGCGCUGGAGAGCAUGGGGAUGAGGGGCAGCGCGGUGGGGGGGGAAGGGAGGCGGAGGCAGCCGGUUACGACGACGCGGCUAUAGGGGGAGCAGAGGAGGGUGGUGCAGGAGUUGAUGACGCGUCAGAAGGAGGCGAUGCUGAGUCAGCAGGCGCAGCGGGAGUGGCGGAUGCCACGUAUGCAUCGAUGGUGACACGCGAUGAGGAGCUGUUGCGAGCGGUGCAGAGUGCGAGAGGGGUGAGUGGGACACGCAGUCAAUGCUGCAUUCAUGGGUGGAGCGUGCUGGGUUUGAUUCAUCUUCUUCUUUCUGCUCCUCUCGCAACCCUGACUUUUGAUUGCGUCCUCGUGCGUCCCAUAACCACACCCCAUCUCCCUGCACCACAGGUGACCUCCUUCGCGCUGCUCCUCCUGCCCGACCACCCACCCUCCGCUGCACCCGAGCACCACCACCACCACCACCACGCACACCCCUGGGCCGCCUCCCUGCUGCGCGCCACUGACACCCCCGCCCCGCCCGCAUGGCAGCAGCUGGCACGCAACUGGGCAUGCCACAUGGACGGGCUGGGCCUCUCCCACUGGGCCGUGCUCACCUCCUGCCCCGCCCUCGCCCUGCACCUCGCCACCCGCGGCCACCUCGUCUCCCUCCUCCCCUCCCCGCCCUCCCCUCCUUCCUCUCACCCCCCCUCUCCCCCCCCUCACCCAAUCAUCCCGUCUCCUGCGCACUUGCGCACGGCCGUGCUGCUGUCAACCCGUGUGCGCGUGCCGGUGCUGCUGGCCUCCCCUGCCGUCACGUGGCGCGGCGACCCCUUCCUCUGCCUCUCGCCCCGCCUGCUGCACCCGCCCCACAGCCAUGGGGGGCAGCAGGGGGAGGGGCAGCAGGGGGAGGGGCAGCAGGGGGAGCAGCAGGGGCAGUGGCAGUGGGGUGGGUCUAGUCCGCAUGAGCAGGGGGGAACGGGUGAAGAGCAGGCCACAGGUUACCAGCCAGAAACAGAGGGGCAACAGUGGCAGCAGGGGCAGCCGGGGCAGGGGGGGGAGCAAUGGCAGGCGUGGCAGCGGGCGGGCGUGGCAGUGGGGGUGGGGGACUCGCCUCUGUCAGACGUCUUCCUCCUGCCGCCCUCCCCCGCUGCCCACUCCGCCCUGCACUCCCUGCUCGCCCACCUGCUCUGGGGCACCCCCACCAACAGCAGUGACGGUGGCAGCAGCGACAGUGGAUUGAGCGCAGGCAAGAGCAGUGGGCAGGAGGAAUCGAGGUCAAGGUCAUGGGAGGCGCUGCGAGCCGCAUGGCUGGACCAAGGCAGCAGUGCCGCCCGGUGGGCUGCUCUGGAGGAAGCAGCGAGGAAACUUCGUGUGGGUGUGACUGUAUGGAGGGUGGGGCUGCCGUGCUACAUGGCGCCAUCGGAGGUGAACUCCUCGUUUGAGUCACAGGGGGUGCAGCAGGGCGCGUGGACGGUGGCGGGGGGGAGGGGGGGAACGGCGGAGGAGGCGGUGGUGGGGAUGAAGGGGGCGGGGUUGUGGGAGCUGGAUGCGGUGGAUCAUGUGUGUAAGAGUGUAGUGUGCCUGCGGUCAAAUAAUCUUGUACCAGCUUAA